GCUAAAGUUUUGUACCUAAAAUUUUGUUGUUUAUUUUAUUACAGGGUACUCUCUAUAUAUCGUGUUUAAAUUAGGACUCAUGUGGCUGCACCAGGCUCCGAGCUAGUGCUGUGAAUUGCUUUCGGUUGUUUAGGCUAAGUAAAUUAGAUGUUAUAGGUAACGAUGGCUCGGAAUAGAUGUGAUGGGUUACUUGCCAGAGUUGAUUUUCCCCUAUACGCGCUCCAGACGCUCACUAACAGACAUAUUCUUGUGGCUGGAGGCGGCGGGGCCUCCAACACGGGUGUCGCGAACGGAUUUGAGAUUUUCGAACUGUCGCACAAUGGUAGUCGAUUUGUGGCUGAGGAGGUGAUGCGGUACGAGACGGGGCCGAAUGUAGUGAUGACGUGCGCUGUACGAAGUGCGGGAAACCGUAUCUUUCUCACGGCGGGGCAGGAGAGUCACUGUCAGCUGUACCGGGUUAACAUAAAGAUGGUGGACCCAGCGGAGAUGCGGCGCGGCAGUUUCCGCGCCGAAAACGGUCUCAUCCGCCGAAGAAGACGCACUGUCUCGGAAAACAACGAUAACAUCCCUAAGAAAGACAGCAACAGCAAUACUACAGAAAAACGAAUAUCAUUUGAGAUACGUUCCAGUGAUAGUGUACAAACAGAUUUUGGCGAGGAUCCUUUACAACGAGUGGUACGCAUCAGCCAUGAUGGCAAGUUUAUGGCGACGGGCGGUAUCGACGCCGUAGUGCGUCUAUGGAGUUUUCCCAAGAUGCAACUGCUCUGCGAGCUAAAAGGACACACUAAGGAGUUGGACGAUCUCGACUUCAGCCCGUGUGACACAACCCUCGUGAGCAUCGCGAAGGACGGGCUUGCCAAUCUGUGGCCGACGUCGUCGCAGGCGCCGGCGCGCAGCCGCGGCCCGCUCUUGCAAAUCACCUGCCAGCCACCCAAUGGCAGCAAAUACUUGUUCCGUCGGUGCAGAUUCGGUCUAAUAGAAGAUAAAAAGAAUGCGUUCAGGAUGUUCACAAUCGCGAAUCCACUAGCCCGGUCGGGCAAGCAGAAGGGGCUCAUCCAGCUGUGGGACCCGAAGGACGGCUCGCUGCAGAAGACUGUCGUCGUCAACGAGUCCUUGGCCUCGCUGGCGGUGAGAGAUGACGGACGAUUCGUCGGGAUCGGGACCAUGUACAGCGGAUCAGUUGACAUUUAUAUCGCCUUCAGUUUACAGCGAGUGCUGCACGUGGCGAACGCGCACAUGAUGUUCGUGACGGGGCUGGAGUUUCUGCCGGUGCGCGGCUACGGGCCGCCUGUCACUUCGCGCAGCGAGGCCGCACUUCUCUCCAUAUCCGUCGACAACUGCGUGGCCAUACACUCGCUACCCUGCCGCAGUAUGAUGCCGGCGUGGAUGGCGAUCGUUCUAAUAAUUUUCGUUCUCUUCUGUACCUUCACUCUCUGUUCGUACUUAGGCAUUUAACGAUAGCACAUAUUUAAAUCCAAUUGUACAUUUUGACGCCAGUUCUGUUUCUCACUACAAUGCCACCAACUUAUCUGUGAACUACGAGACUCGUCACACGCACGAGUGAUAAUCUUUUCAUCAUGUAUCAUAGGUAGGCGAGACUGUAGCUCAAACUAGGUUGGACCUGGUCUGAGUCUCUAACAUUCGAUUACAUUACAAAUACUAGUUUUCCAUCGAAGACGACAUCGUCGAAGGUACAGGGAUGACAAAAAUAAAAAUAUAAGAAUCAAAAAUAUAAAGUUAAAAUAGUACAAUAAAAACGAAAUCACAUACUAAUAUUUUUUUUGUCUGCA